ACCAAGAGAUGCUACUGCAUCCUGCCCAAGAGAAGACCCUGUGUGUACCACCACCAAUUCCCUAUGUGGAACUUGCCGCUGGGGAAAGACUGAGGGGCGCUGAGGGGCGCCCCAGCGAUGGAGACCGCCCGCGACUACGCCGGAGCCCUCAUCAGGCCCCUGACGUUUAUGGGAUCACAGACCAAGAAAGUCCUCCUAACGCCCCUUAUGCACUCGGCUAGCCCUUUCCGAGUCUCCAACCAUGACAGAAGCAGCCGGUGAGGGGUGAUGGCCAACAGUCUGAAGGAGCGUCUCAGCAAGACCCUGGAUGCCUUAGCCAUCACCAGUGGACUGGUCACUUUGGUGCCGGAGGAAGACGGAACUGUGGUGGAUACGGAAGAGUUCUUCCAGAGCUCAGGAGACAACACACAUUUCAUGGUCUUGGAGAAAGGGCAGAGGUGGACACCGGGUGGUAACCACGUCCCAGCCUGGCAGCAGCCAAAGAAAUCAGGCAUAGCAAGAGUCACCUUCGACUUGUACAAGCUGAAUCCCAAGGAUGUCAUUGGCUGCCUCAACGUGAAGGCCACCAUGUAUGAGAUGUAUUCCGUGUCCUACCACAUCCGGUGUAUGGGAGUCAAGGCCCUGCUGAGGUAACAGACGUCAGGGCCAACGGGGUUCUAGAAACUGCGUGCUUCGAACUGCCGAGCCCCAGGAGGCCCCGACCUGCCUGGUACCUGCUAGCACCCACUAAUUCACGCUGCCAUACAGUCCUUUUAUUCUUAUACUUAUAUUAAAUCAGAAAACAGAGUUGUGAGCCAAGAUGUAUAUAUAUUUUUUUU